CCAGUCCGUAGUCAGUCAGCGCUGGACCGCCGCCCGCUCGAUUUCGCGAUCCACGAACGACGGGAAAAGUGGUGAACCAGGGGUUGGUGCACGAUACGCGGAUGGUCUACGGAUGGUUUCGGUGUAGGUCGGUCCAGUAUCACCGAGAGAUCGAAAAUUAUAUCUAUUCGAAUUCAAUAUAAUAAUACCGACAAAGAGGAUGUAGACAAUAAUACGGAAGUAUUAAUAUUCACCCGCCAAUACAUCGAGACGCGAAUCGUCAGUUUCGAUUGUUUUACAAUAGCGAAUAAUACGGAUGUGUUGGGAUAAAUGAGAGAGUUCUGUACAAUUUUACGUAAUCCCUGUCAAUCGUACUCUCAGCAAUUUGACGAAUGUGUUAUUAUUUCGUUCUGUCAUCAGUUUCAUAAAUGCACAGAUGCCGUGAGCUUCGAAUAGAAUGACGACGAUCGCGACAAUUGCGUCACUGAUGACGACGAGCGGGUUGUUGGCGAACACAAUGAGGUAGUGAUUGUCAGGACACGUUCCGAUUGGAUAACCGCAAGUGUUGUUAAAAGGAGGUAGACUAUCCUAGGUAGCUGUCCUGGGAAAAGAUAGUUCAAGGAUACUGUCUCGGUGUUUUCGAUCGCUUGACUUUUUGGGGACCAACUGAUCGCAGCCAAGGCGAAGAGAACUGGAGGCCACACGGAUAAUCGCACAUUCCCGAAGGACGCAGAUGCCCCGAAGGAAACAGCACGCACCGCAACGCAUGAAAUUUUACAACUCCGUUGCUGCGCACCGCAUCGGUAAGUAGUGGUCUCCGAUCGUUUGAAAAGCGAGCGGCUCGGGGCCGCCGCACCGGACGGGAGAUAUGCGCAGCAAGCAACAGCCCAGGCCUUCUUUCCGAUGGCCACAGCAACGCGGUGAUAAUCUUACCGGGGAGGACGGCGUCGAAGGCUCUGCGCCCGGUACGGACCUCCAAGGCGAGGAGGGCGAUUGCGUCGACGAAGAUGGCCCUAUUAGUCCCAGCGAAAGGGGCUGUGCGCCCGUUGCAAAGGAGGACGAAGAUGCCGAUGGAACGGAUGAAGAGGACGACGAGGAGGCAUCGCCACCUACGCCACCGCCUUCUGCCACCUCGAGAUUAAAUCCAACCAUCUUGAGAGACACGGGACCUCCGGAUAGGGAGCCAAUGAGUCCGCGCUGUCCCUCGAGAGAUUCUCGGGAAUCGUCCGGUCCAGCGACCGGAAGUCCCCCACCACCUGCUACCAGGAGCAGCGCGAGCCCAGUCAGUCCAAAUAGUAUCGUGCCUCUACCCCUUGGAACUCACCCCCUGCUACCACCCCAUUCUGCAGCGGUCAUGGCGGCGUAUCUGCAACAGACUCAUCAGCGUCUCCUUCUCGGCCACUCGCCUUUAUCGCGCGGCUCGGUGUCACCUCUGGUUUCCUCGUCGUGUUCGCCACCAGCUGCUACCCCUGGUCUCUUGGUAUCGCCUACCAGCGUCGGGGACAUCUCGCCGUCAGCGACACCCUUGCCGGCUGUGCUGGACUUUAGCACAAGGAAAGCGUCCUCGACCGAGGAGGAUGAGGAAGAACAGAUAUUAAAUCUCAGCAAACCGCCUACGCCGUCUUCCUCGACGGAGACGAACAAUGGUCCGUUGGAUCUUUCAGUACCCAGUAGGAAACGACCCGAGACGGAAAAUCCAUCACCUCCACCACCGCGCAAGUCAUCGAGAUUGACUUCUUCGACGAGUUCCACGAGCCAUCAAGAAACAGCGCCGGGGAUCGCACCAUCCGGCUAUGGCCGACCACCCGUAGUGUCCCCCUGGACAUCUCCAGUGGUGGCUUCACAUUUCCCGUACUUUGCUGCAGCGGUAGCAGCAGUUACUAGUCAGCAGCAGCUUUCACCGAAGAGCACUAGCAGCGUAGUGGAUCAUCAUCAGCUUUGGAACGGGAAGAUGAAACCACCAACAGCGCUGGAAAAGCCGUAUCAGCCUAGCGAAGCUACAAAGGCGCUCGAAAAAAUGAGCGAGUUGAGUAAACUCGGCGGUGAGGACCUCUUCAGAUCAUCUUCCGGAGGCGGUGCUGCCGUAACGGGUGCCAGUGCGCCGGCCACAACGUCCAGCAGUCGUCACAGCGCCUGGCAGUCUCAUUGGUUGAACAAAGGAGCCGAUCAAGCCAAGGACGUUCUAAAAUGCGUAUGGUGCAAGCAGAGUUUCCCAACUCUCGCAGCGAUGACGACGCACAUGAAGGAAGCGAAGCAUUGCGGCGUCAAUAUGCCGGUACCACCUCCGGGUCCGGGAAUUCACUCGCAGCAAACGAGCAUGCCAACCAUCCCGCCGCCUCAGCAAUCACAUCAACCGCAAACUUCCAGCAGUAACACUGGUAGCAAUAGCUCGGCUACACCUAGCAGCAAGCAAACUCCAUCCGAUUUGAAUCUUCUGAUCAAAGAAACGAUGCCACUGCCGCGGAAGCUCGUGCGAGGUCAGGACGUCUGGUUAGGCAAGGGUGCCGAGCAAACGCGGCAGAUACUCAAAUGCAUGUGGUGCGGGCAGAGCUUCCGCUCGCUAGCCGAAAUGACUUCGCAUAUGCAACAGACGCAGCAUUAUACAAAUAUUAUUUCUCAAGAGCAAAUAAUAUCCUGGAAAUCGUCCGACGAGAGCAAGAGCGGUAACGCUACUGGCGCUGCUGGAGGUGGCGCGAGUGCCGGUGGAGGAAGCAACGCGGGAGUACAACCGGGUGGAGGAUCCGGGCCUCACGGCGGAAACAACGGUGGUCCCGGCGCUGGCGCGACGAGCAGUCAUGUUAGCGCUGUGCUGACUUGCAAGGUUUGCGAUCAAGCGUUCACCUCUCUGAAGGAGUUGAGUAAUCACAUGGUGAAGAAUUCGCAUUACAAGGAACACAUAAUGCGCUCGAUUACCGAGAGCGGGGGACGUCGGCGGCAAACGCGCGAGAAACGAAAAAAGUCACUGCCCGUGAGGAAGCUGCUGGAACUGGAACGCGCGCAAAAUGAAUUUAAGAACGGCGAUGCUGCCGCCAGUCUGACUCAUGGCCUUGGCAAGCAAGCUAGUAGAAUUACGUGCGAGAAAUGCGGGGAGAAGAUCGAAACUCCGCUCUUUGUGGAGCAUAUACGUCAAUGCAUCGGCGGAGGCACGGUGGGCGUCAAUCAGCGAAACUUUUUGAAGAACGCGCUCAUGUCAAAUCAUUUACCUGCAACGUUACCGCCAACCGAGAGCGGACGUAAGAGCGUCAACGAGGAAACGUCUUCGAUAUCAUCGAGGCAUCAUCGAUCUCCAUCCUCUGCCAGCGACGCGACCACGCCUGGAAAAGAUACUCCUACACCGAACGCCAACGAGAGCACCGCUCCAAUGGGUACUUCGCCAUCGGUUUUGAACGCGAUAGAGAAGCUCAUCGAGAAGAGUUUCGAUUCUCGCGUGAGACACGGCACACCCGGUAUGCAUCACGCUCAACCUGGCGCACCUAUAGGUACGAGCAUUCUUAAGCGCUUAGGCAUCGACGAGAGCGUGGAUUACACGAAACCUCUGGUGGAUCCGCAAACGAUGAAUCUGCUUCGAACUUAUCAACAGCAGCAUCAGCAACAGCAUUACAACGCGAACGCCGCAGCGAGAAGGGAACGAAGCGGUAGCGAGUCCAGUUCAAUAUCAGAGCGAGGAAGCGGCAGAACGGAUACCAUGACACCAGAAAGACGCAUGGAUCUGUCCGCCUCGAGUCACGAAAGGCACUCGAGUUCUCUGUCUUCUCAUCAUCAUCGUGUCACUCCAGAGAAACAGACUGCGCCGUUACCUAGUCGCCAUCAUCAAAUUACAGAAGAAUCCGGAGACGAGGAAUCGUCUACCGUGGUGGUGAAGAAAGAGCCGAGGGAUGAAGAGACAGAGGAGCGAGGCGCGAACGAAGAGGAGCAACAACAAUCUCAAUCGACGAGGGAAGUGUUUGUGAAGAAGGAGAUAGUGGACGACUGCAGAGACGAGGAGGAUCAGAGUUCCUACAACCACCGACGAAGUAGCCACGAAACGCCGGAGGACGGACGAGAGGUUCUGUCACCUCGUAUGAAUCCACCUACGCCAAGGCCGACCAACCAGGUGGAACAGAUCGCGCGUAGUCCCUGUAGAAACAGCACGAGUAGUCCUACCAGCAGCGAUCGAUCGGUCACUCCGCGGGGUACGCCCGACACUAAAACGUCGAGUAGUCUUGGAGCUCUUUCCUCCAUGUUCGACAGCCUGUCCGGUGGCGGGGGCGGCGGAGGCGGUGGAAGCAACGUCGACUCGCAGGGACGCAAAACGAGCAGCCAUCCGCUCGCAGCGUUACAGAAAUUGUGCGACAAGACGGAAACGCGAGGUCCGAGCGCCAGCGGCGCUUCGAGAUCCGGGGGUAGUUCCACAGCUACCAUCGGUCCAGGCAGCGGUAGCACGGUGGGAGGAGUAUCCGGUCCGGGUCCCGGACCAACGCCGGGUGCCAUUUUGGCAUUCAGCUGGGCCUGCAACGAUGCGGUGGUUACCGCAGAUUCGAUAAUGAAAUGCGCAUUCUGCGAUACACCCUUUAUCUCGAAGGGCGCGUACAGGCAUCACCUCUCCAAGAUGCACUUUGUCAAGGACGGCGUCAUCCCGGAUCCAUUGACCAUCGGCAGGUCGGCCGCGGCGGCUGCGGCCGCCGCUGCAGUCUCCCAGGGCACUUCCGGUGGGCCGAGUCGCAACUCCUCGUCGCCGCCGACGUCGCAACGCAACAAGUCGCCGCCGCUUCCGCAAGCGAACGGUAGCCCGUCGCAGUCAGCGGCCUCUCCCCUCGAGGAAAGCCCGCACUCCAAAUUUCUCAAGUAUACGGAGCUGGCAAAGCAAUUGUCCAGUAAGUACGUAUAGUCCGAGCCCCGUAAGUAGCGGUGCCACUUGUACAUAAGUGUAUCUAUAUUGUAACGACUGUAAAACUAGCGAUGGUUGAAAAUUUUCAUCCCCUACUCCCUUCCCCCCUCUUUUUCCCCGCGAACACCGCCGCGCCGAACGACGUUGUCGCGCAUCCGACGUCCUCGGGUUUAUGCUUAAAGAGGCUGUGUCGUGGCUAUACCGGUAAGUGGAAAAGAAAUCGUACGAGAGAGAUUGUGAACGUAUAGAAGAUCGUUUCCGAUUAUUACGUUUGGAUUUGAGAUCAAUCGCAUUCUCUCCGUGUAAUAUGAGAUUAAUCGUAUCCUAAUAUUUAUAUUUUCAUCGCCAAUAUUUCUUGUGAUCGUAUGACACAAAAUGUGUAUUCGUAUUUAAAAAAAUCAAGAAUCAGAAACCAAUAUAAAUUCACAGAUUUUAGAUUUCGAUUGCCCCAAGCACGCAAAAAUAAUUUCUGUUUGUGACAAAUAAAAUUUCUAUUUGUGGAAGGUGACAAAUGGCGCAAAAUCUUUUUUCGCGAAUUUGUAGCGUUAAAAGUUGAAAUUAUAUAAUUUAAUUA